CUCUCAUCCUUGGCCCUGCCCUGGCUUGCUAUGUGGCUUUGAUAGGUCUUUGUUCCUCAGAACGCCUGUGGAAAGAAUGGCAGGUAGGCUUCCCAGGAAACACCAGCUGUGACUGUUGGAGGCUGUUGCCUAGAGCCAUGUGUCACCAGGACUCUGGCAUGAAGUCAUCCAUGCCGCAGAUUGACAGUGAGAAUGAAGCUCUCUUGGCUGCACUUACCAAGACCCUGGAUGACAUCCCCGAAGACGAUGUGGGGCUGGCUGCCUUCCCAGGACUGGAUGAAGGCGACACAUCAUCCUGCACCCCAACUUCACCUGCUCCCUUGUCUGCGCCCCCCAGCCCCCCUCUGGAGAGGCUUCUGUCCCCAGUGUCUGAAGUGGAUGAACUUUCACUGCUACAGAAGCUCCUCCUGGCCACAUCCUCCCCAACAGCAAGCUCUGACGCUCUGAAGGAUGGAGCCACCUGGUCCCAGACCAGCCUCAGUUCCAGAAGUCAGCGGCCUUGUGUCAAGGUGGAUGGCACCCAGGACAAGAAGACCCCCACGCUGCGGUCUCAGAGCCGGCCUUGUACAGAACUGCAUAAGCACCUCACUUCAGUGCUGCCCUGCCCCAGAGUGAAAGCCUGCUCCCCAACUCCCCACCCAAGUCCUCAGCUCCUUUCCAAGGAGGAUGAGGAGGUGGGGGAGGAUUGCCCAAGCCCCUGGCCAACUCCAGCCUCUCCCCAAGACUCCUUAGCACAGGACACAGCCAGCCCCGACAGUGCCCAGGCUCCCGGGGAGGAUGUGAGGGCCAUGGUACAGCUUAUUCGUUACAUGCAUACCUACUGCCUACCCCAGAGGAAGCUGCCCCAAAGGGCCCCAGAGCCAAUCCCCCAGCCCUGCAGCAGCCCCUCCAGGCAGGCCUCACCCCGAUCCCGGCAUCCCCCCAAAGCCUUCUGGACUGAGUUCUCCAUCCUAAGGGAACUUCUGGCCCAAGAUAUCCUCUGUGAUGUUAGCAAGCCCUACCGCCUGGCCAUACCUGUGUAUGCUUCCCUCACACCUCAGUCCAGACCCAGGCCCCCCAAAGACAGUCAGGCCUCCCCUACCCACUCUGCCAUGGUGGAAGAGGUGAGAAUCACUGCUUCCCCUAAGAGCACCGGACCCAGACCCAGCCUGCGUCCUCUGAGGCUGGAGGUGAAACGGGAUGUCAACAAGCCUGCAAGGCAAAAGCGGGAGGAAGAUGAGGAGGAGGAGGAGGAAGAAGAAGAGGAAGAAGAAAAAGAGGAGGAGGAAGAGGAGUGGGGCAGGAAGAGACCAGGUCGUGGCCUGCCAUGGACCAAACUAGGGAGGAAGAUGGACAGCUCUGUGUGCCCAGUGCGGCGCUCCAGGAGACUAAAUCCAGAGCUGGGCCCUUGGCUGACAUUCACUGAUGAGGCCCUAGGUGCUCUGCCCUCGAUGUGCCUGGCCACAGAGACCCACAACCUGGAGGAAGACCUGGGCAGCCUCACAGACAGUAGUCAAGGCCAGCAGCUUCCCCAGGGAUCCCAGAUCCCCAUCCUGGAAAGUCCCUGUGAGAGUGGGUGUGGAGACACAGAUGAGGAUCCAAGCUGCCCACAGCCCCCUUCCAGAGACUCCCCCAGGUGCCUCAUGCUGGCCUUGUCACAAAGCGACCCUCUUGGCAAGAAGAGCUUUGAGGAGUCCUUGACGGUGGAGCUUUGCGGCACAGCAGGACUCACUCCGCCCACCACACCUCCAUACAAGCCCAUGGAGGAGGACGUCUUCAAGCCGGACACCAAGCACAGCCCAGGCCAAGACACAGCUCCCAGCCUCCCCUCCCCUGAGGCUCUUCAGCUCACAGCCACCCCAGGGGCUUCCCACAAGCUGCCCAAGAGGCACCCGGAGCGAAGUGAGCUCCUGUCCCAUCUGCAGCAUGCCACCACCCAGCCAGUCUCCCAGGCUGGCCAAAAGCGCCCCUUCUCCUGCUCCUUUGGAGACCAUGACUACUGCCAGGUGCUCAGGCCAGAGGCUGCCCUGCAGAGGAAGGUGCUGAGGUCCUGGGAGCCAAUCGGGGUCCACCUUGAAGACUUGGCCCAGCAGGGUGCCACUCUGCCAACAGAAACAAAGGCCCCUAGGAGGGAGGGAGACCAGAACUGUGACCCUACCCCCAAGGACAGCAUGCAGCUAAGAGACCAUGAGAUCCGUGCCAGCCUCACAAAGCACUUUGGGCUGCUGGAGACCGCUCUGGAGGAUGAAGACCUGGCUUCAUGUAAAAGCCCAGAGUAUGACACUGUGUUUGAGGACAGCAGCAGCAGCAGCGGGGAGAGCAACUUCCUGCUGGAGGAGGAGGAGGAGGAGGAGGAAGAAGAGGAGGGAGAGGAAGAAGACGAUGAAGGAGAGGACUCAGGGGUCAGCCCUCCCUGCUCUGACCACUGCCCCUACCAGAGCCCACCCAGUAAGGCCAGUCGGCAGCUCUGUUCUCGCAGUCGCUCCAGUUCUGGCUCCUCAUCCUGCAGCUCCUGGUCACCAGCCACCCGGAAGAACUUCAGACGUGAGAGCAGAGGGCCCUGUUCAGAUGGAACCCCAAGCGCCCGGCAUGCCAGGAAGCGGCGGGAAAAGGCCAUCGGUGAAGGCCGUGUGGUAUACAUUCGUAAUCUCUCCAGUGACAUGAGCUCUCGGGAACUAAAGAAGCGCUUUGAGGUGUUUGGUGAGAUAGUAGAGUGCCAGGUGCUGACGAGAAAUAAGAGAGGCCAGAAGCACGGCUUUAUUACCUUCCGGUGUUCAGAGCAUGCUGCCCUGUCUGUGAGGAACGGCGCCACCCUGAGAAAGCGCAAUGAGCCCUCCUUCCACUUGAGCUAUGGAGGGCUCCGGCACUUCCGCUGGCCCAGAUACACUGACUACGAUCCCACAUCUGAAGAGUCCCUUCCCUCGUCUGGGAAAAGCAAGUAUGAAGCCAUGGAUUUUGACAGCUUACUGAAAGAGGCCCAGCAGAGCCUGCAUUGAUAUCAGCCUUAACCUUCGAGGAAUACCUCAAUACCUCAGACAAGGCCCUUCCAAUAUGUUUACGUUUUCAAAGAAAUGAGUAUAUGAGGGAGAGAGCGAGCCAAUGAGCGAGCGAGCGAGCGAGCGUGAGAGAACACACAGGAGAGAGAGACUUGAAUCUGCUGUCGUUUCCUUCUAAAAACAAAUCAAUGUUUACAUUGAACAAAGCUGCUUCCGUCCGUGAGUUUCCAUGCUGUCGAUGUUCCACUGCCACGUUAGCGUCGUCCUCGCUUCCAGCGGAUCGUCCUGGGUGCACCUCAAAGUGCUGUCAGUCAUCCUCUGCCCCUCCCACCCGACUGACUUCCUUCUGUAGACUUGAGCUGUGUUCACAUAACAUCUUCUGUCUGUAGCGUGUGAUGAUGAAAUUGUUACUUGUGAAUAGAAUCAGGAUUAGAAACUCAUUUUUAAUUGAAGAAAAAAAAAGUAUAUCCUUAAAAAAAAAUGUAUUUAUGGCUCAGAUCCUCUGUGCCUGGGAUUAUCGUAUUGCUUCCUUGAUUGUUUAACUAUGCACUGUCACUAGGUGUUUGCUACUGAGCUUCACUGCUGCUUAUCCCUGGCAGAAAAGAGGGGCUUGCAGUCACAGGUAUGAGGAAGAGAGAGGUGUCCAGGUAUCUUCUACCAAGUCCUGGUAUCUUUUAUUUUGAGUGAGUUCCACUCAGUGUAAUGAGAAUCCCUUUCCCCUGUCUACCCACACUUGGAGGGUGCCCGUCUUUCGUGCUCAGAGCCCUGAGUGCCUGUAAGGAAGGCAGAGUAAGCUGUGUUAGACCCAUUCCGCAGGGAAAGAGGAUAGGGCCUGAGAGGUGAAAUGUCCUACCCCGAGGUCCCACGGCCAGGGAGCAGGCAGAGCAGUGAUCCACACCAAGCCUCCUGAUUCCUGGCCCCAGCCUGCUGCAGGAGACAGCAUAAAGAUGCAAAAGUCAGAGGCUGGAGGAGUGGAAUUAGCUAAAUUGAGCAAUAGGCUAGAAGCCUAUUUCUCAUUUGAGAAUUGGGCCACCAGUUGACUCACCAGCAUUAAGGCUAAUUCAAACUUCAGCACAGACUCAGGUGUCCCCGAGCUUUGAUCCUCAGUGUCUUGUGACUUAUCCUGCCUGCAGGUACCCCUCAGGGCUCUGAGACACCAGCAAGUGGUGCACAGACUUUACCUAGGGGCAGUCUUUUGGGGCAGGGAAGGCAACUGGCAGCCCAUCCUAUGUCCUACAGUGUCCCUGCCCGCGCCUCUGUAAAGUUGGAGGUGCCAAGUGAGGGGUUGCACAGGUUGGGGGUGGACAAGGCCCUCCCAAGGAGCAUCCACAGUGAGCUCCUCUUCAACCCAUUCUUGACUACUGUCAAAGCCAUAUCCAGUGUGACAUUCUCUGGGUUCCCAGGGGCCCUUCGUUACGGAGAACCAGCUAGGCAGAGUAUCAAUUCUAAUACUUCAUAUAGCUCUGUUCCUCCUUGGUCUUGUGACAUUUUCUUUCUUUCUCCCCUUCCCCCUCCCCACCCAAUGUUCUGCCAAAAUGAGAGAGUUUGAAAGUAAAUUACUCAUUAGACUACCCAAGCUAAAUUAAUCAGCUGCUAAUGCCAGGCUUAUUCCUUUGAGAAUUGGUGGUUUUUUUAUUUUUUAUUUUUUAAAGAUUAUCAAAUACCUCAGUAGAGAAAGUGAACCAUGAUCUUGUGCUUGGUGUAGGGGAAAGUCUUCACCCAUAGACAAGAAGGCUGGCUCUAGCAGAAAUAGGGAAACAGAAUAUCUCUGUGUCAAAUCCAUUGACCUCCCUAAAACCCAGGUUCUCUUUCUGUGAAACAGACUGAGGAGCAAAUUAGACAGCAGAAGUCUUAGCUGCUGCUUGGGCAGUCUAUAGUCAUAGCCAUGCCUCCCCCCACCCCCCACAUCCUUAGCCAAUGCAAACAUAACGAAUUGAUCAUAACACUAAUGUUUUUGAGCCUGGUCAUGCUAUUGGAAUACUCAACACAGUGCUUUGGGCAGGCAUUACUAAUUGGUCAGUGUUUAAUUGAUUUGACAUCCUGUUCUAAUCUUUGGAAGACUAUCAUUGUAGAGCCAUAUGCUGGUUGGUUUUUAUGCUGGCCAGCCCUGUCAUAACCUGAUCCAUUGAGAAAAAAAAAGCCCCUGAAGCUAUUACAUGGUAGAGGACUCCCAAAACUAUUACAAAACAAAAUAGUAUAGAAAGAAAGGGGCAGAAUAGCAUACAGGAACAUAACUGGAGAAGGUGUGGCUUCUAAGGAUAGAUCCAAAAAGGGACUUUCCACAGCACAGACCCAAUGAUUCUGAAUUCCUUUAUGGUUAUUCAUUGCCUAGCAUAUGGUGGGCACAUGGAAGAUGGGUAUGGAGUGGAACUGAAUUAGAGUUCUUCAGUUGCAUCCACUAAAACCAGGGCUCUAAUCGCAGAGAAAAGCCAGUGCUCACCGAAAUCAUGCAAAGGGAAAUGGAUUAGAUUUAAUCUGGAGAGCCAUUUGAAUUCUGACCCCACCAAGAACUUCUUCUGUGACUUUAUGAGUCCCUUCUUCCUGGGCCUCGGACUGUAGAAGUUGUCCAGGGAAUCAUGGGCUCUUACCAUUUGCUUCUGCAGUUACACUGAACCAGAAGAUGGUUUCUGGAGUAAAAGAACAAAUACUUAAUCAACACUAAGUCUUUUUCUCCCCAGCCAGGGUUAACUGGAAAUGACCAGUCAGUUCACUCUCUGGCACUCAAAGUCACUUACAUGUUGUUCUUGAGCAGAGCAGAGCAGAGCCCCAGGCCUGACACUGGGGACUAAUGUCCCAGAGCUCACUGGCGAGAACUGAUGCCCACCAAAAGUUUCUAGUAUUCUCCACUUACACUCUCAUAAAAAUGGAUUACCAGCUCUGCAGAUGACCUCUCUCUCUGGAAGAUUCAUUCGGUGCUGCAUAUAAAUUUCCAAGGAGAAUGUCAGGCCCCUCCAAGACCCGGAAUCCAUCUUGAUCUCUUUCCCAUCAAAUCAAGGAGUAACCCAGAGGGAGCAGUUGCUAUUGGCAACCUUCUCGUUAUAGCUGUCCUGAAGUGUCUCAAUGAUGUUUAUGUGUGCUUGCCAUACAGCUUCCUAUAGACUGUUGACAGCCGCCCAGGGAGGGCAGGCUCCGUGUCAUCUCUGUGCCGUGCUGGUAUUUUCUAGAACUGUCCGAUCCAACCACUAAGUGGAAUUCUUCCAUCUCCUUCCUCAGUCACUACAAGGCUGAAUCAGAGUCCUCUCCCUCAGGGGACUCUGUCACCGAAGAAAAAUGCAUCAAGUAGGUAAAUAUGAGUGGGUGCAAUAUAGCCAAGGUUCCUACUCCCCAUUCCCCCAACAUCACUUGUGGCCCCAGCUAGAAAAAUGCUUUGAGUCAGAAAGUACCCAUCCUAUGCCUGUGUCUUUCUGUUGAUCUUUUAAAAUCUGGUGAACAGCAAGGCUCCAGGGGUGGGAGGACUACUUUGAGCCAGCCACAGAGUCUUAGUCCUCAAGUCCUAAUAUGGGAAGACAUACAGUAAGGUGUCUUUUGUGACCUCAAGCCUUGCAGGUCAGCAUUUGGGGGAAGAUGUGAUAUGCCUGCCAUGGCCGCUGUACAGGUGGUAAAUGGAGAGAAAGAAAGUGCAGGCAGCCUGUUCUUUUUGCAUGGCUAGCUCUCUCCAGGGUCUGUCCUGGCCCUCGAGUUCAGUUCACUUUUCAGUUGACCCUGCUGCUUCAGAGGCAAGGGCAUCUCUCCGUGAACCGGAGUCACCCUUAGAGGAUGUGUUGAUGUGAUUCACUGAGGUCAAAAGUAUUUUUCUUAAUGUUUGAUUGUCAGCAGUUGUGAUCAGCUUGAGAAAGCCAUAUCCCAGUGUCGCGUGUGACAAUGGAAAGGGAUUGGGUGUAUGAUAAUAAAUAGAGUGAACCUGUUGGUGUCAUUAGCCAAAGAAAAGGGAUCCCUUCGCCCUGCUCACUGGGGUAGAAGGAAACUAACUAGUCCUUAUGUGCAAUAUGUUGACACUGCCCUCCAAUUCCCUGAGGGUUUUGUACAAGGAUGAGCUCCCAGGCAGUUUGGAGCAUCUGGGGAUACAGGGUAAGGGCAGAGACAGCCUGGGAGAGAAACUUCCCUGCACAGAGAUGGUCUUGGCCUAGAACAGAUGGGAGUGUGGGCAGGGUGCCCCUGACUCUAGCUGCGGAAUACCGGGACACCCGGGAAGCAGUUAGGCACUUUGCACUAGUCCACGAAAGCACUUUGAGAAAUCUGACACUUCAGCCUUGUUCCACACUCUCCUUUGGUAAAUCUGUGUAUCCUUUAUCUGUGUGUAAGGUGUUGUCCUGAAGGUUGGUUAGGGGAUAGGGGAGGGGGCUAGUGUGAGAAAGAAAACAGAGGCAUCUUUCAAGGUAGUAGCCACAAGAGAGCUUGCAGAUAGUCAGUCCUUGCCUGACUGGCUUCAUUCCUAGAAGCUCAAGAAAUAGAAUGAUGGGCUUAUAUCUUGGUACCCACUUUUAGAAAA